AUGCUCGAUGGGUCGAGCCCCCAGGCUGGAAAGAUUUGGAAAAAGGCCCACCUAACCUUCCUAAUUGAUGGAAUCAAAUGGUUAGAAGCCCACAACCCUGAAAUCGAUUGGAACUCCCGUACCCUCUCUUUCCCCCACACUCCACCAGAUUACGCUGCUAUUGCCAAGGAGGAGGAAGCCAAUAAAAAUCCCCUUGAAGGAGUACCCCCUGAAUACCAUCAGUACGCCAAGGUAUUUGGGGAAGAAGAAUUCAACAAGCUUCCCCCGCACAGGCAUUACGACAUUGCCAUCGAACUCACAGAGGAAGGCCCACUUAAUUCCCCGUUGUACAGCAUGACCAAUGCCGAGUCCGCCACGCUCAAGGACUGGCUUAGGGACGAACUCAAGGCUGGAAAAAUCCGCCCCAGUAAAUUGUCAAUUAGCUCCCCAGUCAUGUUUGUCCCCAAAAAGGAUGGCUCCCGUUGCCUUCUCCGCGGCGCCAAGGUAUUUACCAAACUGGACUUACGAUGGGGUUAUAAUAAUGUCCGGGUCAAGGAAGGUGACGAGUGGAAGACGGCUUUCCGCACCAAGUACGGCCUAUACAAAUCCCUGGUAAUGACUUUUGGUUUAACAAACGCCCCCGCUGCCUUUCAACACUUCAUGAACGAAUUGUUCAAAGACCUACUGGAUGUAUGCGUCAUCAUAUACCUAGAUGACAUCCUGAUUUAUUCCAAGGAUGACGCAUCCCACACCCAACACGUCCAUGAAGUUUUACGGCGCUUAUUGGAAAACCAACUGUUCUGUAAAGCGUCCAAAUGCACGUUCCACGUCACCUCUGUGGAAUACCUGGGAAUCAUUGUUUUGGACAAGGGUUUUAGUCUGGAUAAGCUCAAGAUCCAGGCAGUACAAGAAUGGCCGGUUCCUACAAAGGUCAAAGAAGUCCAGUCGUUCCUAGGAUUUGCCAAUUUUCUCCGCCAAUUUGUUGCAAACUUCAGCCACAUGGCUAGACCAUUGCACAAUCUGGUAAGAAAGGAUACGCCAUGGAAGUGGGAUACCAGGGAACAGGAAGCCUUCAAGGGCCUUAAGGACGCUAUCACCAACGCCCCAGUACUUUGUCACGCGGACCCUACCAAACCCUAUUUCCUGGAAACGGACGCAUCAGGUGCAGCUUUGGGAUCAAUACUCAGUCAACGGCAAGAAGACAGAAGAUUACACCCAUUGGGGUUCUUGUCGGAAUCAUUCAAAGGUGCCGAACAGAACUAUGACACCCAUGACAAGGAACUCCUUGCAAUCAUCCGGUCAUUUGAGUAUUGGCGUAUAUUCCUGGAGGGGACAAAACACCCAAUCACGGUUUUCACAGAUCAUCGCAACCUGGAAUAUUGGAAGGAGUCCAGAACCUUCAAUUGA